AUGCUACCUGUAAAUGAUAACCCAACCGGAAGAUAUUUGCGAGAUUGCAAAGUAGGCGAGAUUGGAGCAGGCACUAGUAAAAUUCGAAGGGUUUUGAUUGGACGGGCUUUGAAUGAGGAAUACUCCAAAUACUUCGGUUGGGGAUUUUUUGCAGGAUUCAUUGAACUAUUUGGAAGCACUCCCGCGAGGAUGUUCGCCAUAAGAAACUGUGCUCUUCGUCGCGUUGCAACGGUGAUCGGAAAUCGUUCCAUAUCUUCUUCCUCGUCAUGUUGUGGUCAGCAUUAUCAUGUUGACGACACAAUUUUCGGACUAACUCCUGAACAACGUCAUCUCCGAGAUGUUGUCUUCAGCUUUGCUCAGAAAGAAUUGGCUCCGCACGCUGACCGUAUCGACAAAGAAAAUGUUUUCAAGGAAAUGCGAAGCUUCUACAAGAAAAUGGGAGAACUUGGAUUUCUCGGCAUCACUGCUGAUCCAGAGUUUGGAGGAACCGGAGGCACGUAUUUCGAUCAUUGCAUCAUCAUGGAGGAAAUCUCACGUGCUUCUGCAUCAAUCGGCCUAAGUUACGGAGCUCAUUCGAAUCUCUGCGUGAACCAGAUCAAUAAGAAUGGGACCACCGCUCAGAAGGAAAAAUAUCUCCCGAGGCUAUGUUCUGGAGAGCAUAUGGGGGCACUUGCCAUGUCAGAACCUGGCUCUGGUUCUGACGUUGUUUCCAUGAAAACGAAAGCUGAAAAGAAAGGCGAUUACUACAUCUUGAAUGGAUCGAAGUUCUGGAUCACUAACGGUCCUGAUGCUGAUGUUUUCAUCAUUUAUGCCAAAACGAAUCCCACUGCUGAAAAGCCGCAGCACGGCGUUACAGCGUUUCUGGUUGAGAAGGGAACGCCUGGGUUCACGACGUCUCCAAAGCUUGACAAAUUUGGAAUGCGAGGAUCGAAUACUUGUGAGCUUGUGUUUGACAAUUGCAAAGUUCCGCAAGAAAACAUCCUCGGAGGUCUGAAUAAAGGCAUCUACGUUUUGUUCAGUGGAUUGGACUUGGAACGAUUAGUUCUUGCAGCUGGACCCGUUGGAAUCAUGCAAGCUUGCUGCGAUACUGCUUUUGAUUACGCUCACACACGGAAGCAGUUUGAUACGAAAAUUGGACACUUCCAAUUAAUGCAAGGAAAGUUGGCAGACAUGUACACAACACUCAGUGCAUGUCGGUCGUAUUUGUACAGUGUUGCCCGAGCUUGUGAUGCUGGUUCCAAAACUGUCAACAAAGACUGCGCAGGAGUUAUUCUGUACUGUGCUGAGGCUGCCACUCAAGUCGCGCUCCAAGCAAUCCAGACUCUCGGUGGGAAUGGCUACAUCAAUGAUUACCCGACUGGAAGAUAUUUGCGAGACGCGAAGCUUUACGAAAUUGGAGCUGGCACUAGUGAAAUUCGCAGACUUGUGAUAGGACGUUCGUUGAAUAAGGAAUACGCUGAUUAGAUGGCGAUGUUGUGGUUGAUUGAUGCUUCAGAAGGUUUCCGGUGGUUCGUGUGCAAUGACUUCCAAGCUUUUGAGUGUUCAGGCUUUUUGAAAAUGAUUUUGUGUCUAAUUCUUGUUCGGGAAUAGGGCGAGCAUUAUUGAUUUGUUUUCCGAAAA